AUGACAGUUGCAGUGCUCUUGCUGCUGGUACUUCUUCCUCAUGUGGUAUGUGACAUUCACAGUGUUCAAUGCAGGGACCAUCAUCCCCACCUGCCACCUCAAAAGUAUCAUAAGUCCGGAAGCCUUAUCCUUGGUGGCAUUGCUUCUCAGGCUCGCUUGGUUUCCAACUCAUUCAUCUUCAACAAAGAACCCCCUCCAGCUUCGACAGAAGAGCUUGUCAUUGUGCCUAAGAACUACCAACACAUUCUGGCCUUGGAGUAUGCGGUGAAGGAAAUCAAUGAAAACUCAGAGCUCUUACCCAAUGUCACCUUGGGUUUCCACAUCUAUGACAGCUAUUUAAGUGCAAAGUGGACCUAUCAUGCUACUUUGGUAAUUACAUCAAAUCCAGACAGGUUUGUUCCCAAUUACAGGUGUGGUGUCCAGAAUAGCCUGACAGCAGUCAUUGGAGGACUGGACUCCGAAAUCUCCCUUUACAUUGCAACCAUCUUGGAUAUCUAUAAGAUUCCACAGCUCAUAUAUGGUUCUGCUCCAGUGAUGAAUGAUAAGACCCCAGGACUUUCCUUCUACCAGAUGGCACCUCAGGAAGGCCAACAGUACAUGGGGAUUCUCUCUUUGCUGCUGCAUUUUAGAUGGACGUGGAUUGGGCUAGUUGUUAUGGAUAAUGACAAUGGUGACACAUUUGUGCAAAUUGUAGUUCCCCUGUUUUCCAAGAAUGGUGUGUGUUUUGCCUUCCUAGAAAGAAUCCCUGGUUAUGGUUUUGUCUCUGAAACUAAUGGCAUCAUAAAUCAGGGGGCAAAAAUACAUGAUAAAGUGAUGAGUAGCAAAGCCAACGUUGUGGUGGCCUAUGGAGAAUCUUAUUCCAUGACAAUGUUCAGAUGGCUUCCAUUUAUAUCAGGAUUCGAACACAUGAGAAAUAAACCAAAAGGUACAGUGUGGAUAACGACAGCACAAGUGGAAUUCACUUCACUGGCCUAUCAAAGGAACUGGGAGACAGAUUUAUUCCAUGGCACUCUGUCCUUCAAAAUUCACGCCAGUAAUAUACCUAGUUUCCCCCAAUUUGUUGCAAGCAGAAUCCCAUUCAGCAGAACAGAAGAUGGUUUUAUUACAGCAUUCUGGAAACAGGCAUUUGGAUGUGAGUUUCCAAAUACUGUUGUGGACAAUAUAAAUGGAGAUAUUUGUACAGGGCAGGAGAAGAUGGAGAGCCUUCCUGGAACUUAUUUUGAAUUAUCCAUGACUGGUCACAGCUACAGCAUCUACAAUGCUGUCUAUGCUGUGGCCCAUGCGUUACAUGACAUGUCCUCAUCUGUACCCAAACGGAGAGGAAUGGUGGAUGAAAGAGGACCAAAGUUUCAAAUUCAACAGCUCUGGCAGCUCCAUCACAUUCUCAGAGCUGUUUCAUUUAACAACAGUGUGGGGGACAAAGUAUUCUUUAAUAAGAAUGGAGAGGUAGUAGCUGGAUUGGAUAUUGUCAACUGGAUUCUGCCCUCAAAUCAGUCCUUUCAUCUUGUGAAAGUUGGGAGCAUUGCAGACCAAGCAUUCACUAUCAGAGAUGAUGCCAUAACAUGGCACAACUGGUUUAACCAGACUCAGCCUCUUUCCAUAUGUACCGAGAGUUGCCACCCUGGGUCCAGCAAGAAGGUGAAAGAGGGGGAGCCAUUCUGCUGCUAUGAUUGCAUCCCAUGUCCAGAAGGGAAGAUUUCAGAGCAGAAGGAUAUGAACGACUGCCAGAAAUGCACAGAUGGGAAAUAUCCAAACAAAAACCAGGAUUUCUGUAUUCCCAAGACUGUAACCUUCUUGUCUUUUGAAGAACCAUUAGGGAUCAAUUUAGCUUGUUUUUCUCUGUCCUUUGCUUUGAUUACAGUUCUGAUCCUAGGAAUGUUUAUAAAGCACCACAACACUCCCAUUGUCAAAGCCAACAACCGCAACCUCACCUACACCCUCCUCAUCUCCCUCUUGCUCUGCUUCCUUUGUGCUUUACAGUUCAUUGGCCGACCUGAGAAGGUGACGUGUCUCCUGCGACAAACAGUUUUUGGAAGUGUCUUCUCUGUGGCCGUUUCUUGUGUCUUGGCAAAAACCAUCACUGUGGUUCUUGCAUUCAUGGCCACCAAACCUGGAUCCAGGAUGAGGAGAUGGGUGGGGAAGGGAUUGGCCAACACCAUUGUUCUUUCCUGCUCUGUUACUCAAGUAGGCAUUUGUACUAUUUGGCUGGCAACCUCUCCCCCAUUCCCAGAUGUGGACAUGCACUCUGUAACAGAUGAGAUUAUAUUGGAAUGUAAUGAGGGGUCUGUGACUCUGUUUUACUCUGUUAUUGGCUAUAUGGGCUUCUUGGCCAUUAUCAGUUUCAUUGUGGCUUUCCUUGCCAGGAAGUUACCUGACAGUUUCAACGAAGCCAAGUUUAUCACUUUUAGCAUGUUAGUGUUUUGUAGUGUUUGGUUGUCCUUUGCUCCAACCUACCUGAGCACCAAGGGGAAAUACAUGGUUGCUGUGGAGAUCUUCUCCAUUUUAGCCUCCAGUGCUGGCUUGUUGGGUUGUAUCUUUUCCCCCAAAUUCUACAUUAUCAUUUUGAGACCUGAGCUGAACAACAAGGAACAGCUAAUAAGAAGAAAAGAAUGA